AAUGAACAUGAACACUAUGCAUUAUAAUAUCAAGGAAGAACCAUAAAAAUGCAGCUACACAGUCAUUCUUGAGCUACUAAGGUUUUCAUCUUCCAUCUCGAAAAAAAUACUACGCAUCGAGUCUAAGUAAUGAGAUUACAUCAUAUAUAUCUGAACAUUAACAGAUCCAACAGAGGUCGUCCAAUGGUAAACAAGUAUAAGUCCAAGAAAGAUAGAGGAUGAUAGAGAUUUCUGCCUGGUGUUUAAAAAACACAUGCUGGUUACCGCAGUCCCAAAGAGUGUAUUUUGUUUGAUAUAAGCUGGGAACUAGAGCCGUGUGUAUGGUCCGUUCAUCGACAAACAAUGUUAUGGCUCUAAGCUUAGUUUUUUCAAGAUAUAGCUUAUUCAGAUGGGAGUUGUUGACCAUCCAGCCAAAGCUAGACAGUUACUUGAUACCAGUGAUCAUCCGGAUAUUUUAUAUGUAGUUUUAAUAUUUUAUUAUAUUUUCAUAUGUUAAAGAAAGAUCUUACUAAAUCACUUUUUUUUAUUAAAAAAAGAAUCCUACUAAAACCCCACCAAAAGUUCCAUCAAAAUCUUUAAAAUUCAGCUAAACUCAACUAAACUCCACCAAAUCCAAAAUCCUCUAUUUUUUUUUCAAAUUCUUAAUUCAAUAAGCCCUCCGAAGACUAAGAGUGCGGGAGGAAGAGAGCUUAUAGCGGUCCAGUAGAGUAAACCCUAAUAUUAUAUGGGCCAUACCUGGAUAAUUUCUGAAUUGACCGGACCAAUAAACUCCCAAAUAUCAUGAGUCCAAACAGAAAUAAAGAGAGAAGUCUAAUUGUUGAUCGAUAAAAGAAGGACACUUGUCCAGAUUUGUCCAUAUUCGUUUUUUAAUUUAUAAUAACCAGAAUAGCUAUCUCAUAUUUGAAUCUAUUAAAAAUUAAGAUAACAAUCUUUAAUUUCACUUGGCUGUUAAAAUAAAAAAUUUAAUGUAAUUAUUUUCUAAUUCUAAACCUAUUAUCUUCUAAUUUUAAGUUUUGUAUAAUCUAAAUGAGAAAAAAAUGAUUUCAGUGAUUACAACUUAGAAAUUAAUGGCUAUUUAUAGAAAAGGAUCUUUGCAAUAGAGAAAUUCUCAGCAUGACUCAUACUAUCUCAUAUACAUGUAUUAAGUAAAAAUCUAGUGUUAAUUAUAAAUAUAUAAAUUCUUAAAACUAAGAAAUUAGAUUUUUGACUAAACAAUAUUUUCUGUAGUAACUUAAUAAAUUCAAUUAUUUUCAGUAGAUCUUUUCAAUUUUUGAAAUUUGUUACCCUUAAUUAGUCAAAAUACAUAAAGGUAAAAUUUCUAUUUUUAAGAAACAAAGAGCUAAAAAAAGUUACUCAAUUCUGUUUUUUUAAAGAUAAUUUUUUAGAUUUUUCACCUAUAUCAAAUAUUUAAUGUUUAUUCAUAAAUGUAUAAACUUUUAAUAAACAUUUUAUGAAUCCAAUAAUUUAUUACUAUAAAUUAACUAAUUUUUAUAGAAAAUAUUAAAUAAAUAUAUAUUUUAAAAAGAAAUAAACAAAAAAUAUUUUAUAAACGAAAAAUUGUGUUAUAUUUUGAAUCAGAAAAUAUAGAUCUUCCCGCGAAAAAUACAAAUUUUCGCGCGAAAUACAUAACACCCACUAGUAUAUAUAUAUAUGUAUUUUGGUAACACAUACAUCCAUCAGCUGAGAAAAGUGGAACGUGUAGACAAAACUCCAAGACGAUCUUUUUUUUUCUGUCAGCAUAGUCAAUCUUUAGAAGCCGUUGCUUGAUCUCCUCUGCGCUCAUGGAUGGAGAUGGAGUGAAACGUGUUCGUUCCACAAACCAACCGGGUGAAGUUGAUAGGAUAAGCCAUCUGCCAGAUUGCUUGAUAUUCAAGGUACUCCUGAGUCUUCCGACCAAAGAAGUCGUUAAGACAAGUGCGUUAUCCACCAGAUGGAACCAUAUCUGGAAACACGUACCUGGACUUAACUUGGAAUACGAUGAUUUUUCAGAGCACGACUCAUUCGUGAGUUUUGUCGAUAGCUUUCUGAGUUUCAACAGGGACACAUGCUUACAUAAGUUUAAGGUAACGUACGAUUAUUCAGAGGCUGACGAGCCUGAAACUGGUCUUGUCAGGCGCUGGCUCGACACUGUUUCUAGGAUGAAAGUCAAAACUCUCGAUGUUACGGACGAUUCAGCAGAGAGUUGGGAACUUGAGAUGACUCCAGCACUCUACACUUGUGGGAGCUUGGUAUCCUUGAAGCUCGUUGGACUAACCUUGCCUAGUCCCGACCUUGUUUCUUUACCUUCACUCAAAGAUAUAAAUUUAAUCCUUGUUGAGUUUACCGACGAAUGGGCACUAGAAAAGUUCAUAUCACAAUGCCCAUCUCUCAAAAACUUAUGUAUUGAGAGGAGUUUCGGUGAUGAUAUACCAAUGUUACGUGUGCGUUCUCAAUCUCUGUUGACAUUUAUUCAUAUUGUUGACAGCGACGAGAGUUUCGAUGAUGAACGUAUACUUGAAAUUGAUGCCCCUAUGCUUGAGUAUCUGAAGCUCAGUGAUGGUCGAACUGCGAGUUUUAAACUAGAGAAUACGGCUUCCCUUGUAGGAGUGCAUAUAAACACUGCGUUUAACUUGACUUCCACGAGGAGGUUCUGUCCAAAUGAUGCACAAAAGAGAAAUAUGAUUCAGAAUUUUCUCCUCAUGAUCUCUAGGGUUGAUAAUAUGGUCAUCGCCUCGUGUACUCUCGAGGUCAUUUAUGAAUACUCGAGAUAUGAACAGUUACCGGUAUUUCAUAACCUAUCUUCCUUGCGUGUCAAUUUAGACGGCUACGUCUGGGAAAUGUUGCCGGUCUUUCUUGAGAGCUGCCCGAAUCUAACAACUCUUGUCCUGGGAUCUAUCCAAAAUCACGUCAAGGUGGGAAUCACUGUUUCUCCCAGACGUCCGCGUGUCCUGCCAUCUCUCAGGUAUGUUGAGAUAGAAAGGCCAUUCAAAGGGGAUGCGUUGGAGUUUGGAGAUGCAACUAGUGGGUUACUUACUUGUGAACUCACAAAGCCUCAAGAAACUAACCUUACGCUUGGAUGAUUCCUUAAAGAAAGAAAGAUCUUUCAUCUUCAACGAACUCCUUCUGAUGCCAAGACUCUCUAGCACAUGUGAAGUUGUCGUGCUCUCUGAUGAUCCAUCAUAUCAUCAAUGAAUCAGCAUACAAGUUUGUCCUUUGAGUACUUAAUUAAGUUUCUGUGAACUAUUUGUUUCUUCUUAGUUUUAUGAUGACAUUUUGAAGUGUUGCAUUUCGUAA